UUAUGUAUUUUCUUUUGUGAUGCCUUAUGUGAGCAGUUGUACGGUCGUGCGUGUUUGUCGCUGCCACUUCCUCCUCCUCCUCCUCCUCCUCCCUUUAUCGGGUCUCACUGCCGGCAGCGUGCAGCAUGAUGGGGUUUGUCCCAACGCCCUGAACCCGCACCUGUGGGUGGACGCGCAGAGCACGUGCGAGAGGGAGUGCAGCAGCGACCAGGACUGUGCUAUCUUUGAAAAAUGUUGCACAAAUGUUUGUGGUCUGCUCAGCUGUGUGGCGUCUCGUUUCUCAGAUGAUUCCUCUCUGUCCCCUGCUGCCCCUGAUGGUCAACCAGGUACAAAUAUGUCAUAUAUGGGUGGGGCCAGCUGUAAUGGCUUUCUGUGCAGCCAGCAGGGGGCAGAGUGUGUGUUGUGGGCGGGUCAUCCGGUGUGUAAGUGUCAGGAUCGUUGUGAGAGUGAGCCCAGCUUCACCUGUGCCUCUGACGGCUUGACGUAUUUCAACCGCUGUUACAUGGAUGCCGAGGCGUGUGUUCAGGGUGUGACACUCACCGUGGUCACGUGCCGAUAUCACCUGUUUGCAAGCCCCAGCACAUCAGACACCACAGUCCCACCCACACCCACUUCCUCUGCCCCUUUCCCUCCUACUCUCUACUCUAACCCCCAGCACCGGAUUGUUUACCUGGGUGGAACUGUCAACUUUCACUGUGAUGUUAACGGACAUCCGAAGCCAGACAUCACCUGGGAAAAACAAUCGGAGCAUCAGAUCAUGCGGCCAGAUCAGAUGUAUGGUAAUGUUGUAAUCACAAACAUCGGACAGCUCGUCGUGUACAAUGCUCAGGUGCUUGACACGGGAAUAUACACCUGUGUUGCUCGCAAUUCGGUCGGCGUUCUGCGUGCUGAUUACCCUCUUUCAGUAGUUCGUCGAAAUGAACAGGAUGCCUUUGAUGACCCUGAAGCAGGGACAGACGUUCCUGAGCGGCCAUUUUCUCCGUCUGACUGCUUGGCGAGUGUAGAAGAGGGAGAGUGUGGUGAGAGCCAUGUGGAUUGGCAUUACAAUGCCAUGCUUGGAUCCUGCCAGCCCUUCACACAUGGAGGGUGUCUGCAUGGGAGAAACAGAUUUGAGACGUAUGAGGAUUGUCGAACAUCCUGUGAGAGGGAGGAGGUGGUCUUGUGCAACCUUCCAGCGGUCCAAGGCCCCUGCAGGAACUGGGAGCCCCGCUGGGCUUACAAUGCUGUUACAAGGCUGUGCCAGGCCUUUGUCUAUGGAGGUUGCCGUGGGAACAGCAACAACUUCCGCUCCAAGGUAGAGUGCCAGGCGAGCUGCCCUCGUCAGAGCUCACGACCAUGCAGGAGCUGCAGGCCUAAAGGCAGGCUGGUGCCGAGUCUGUGCCGUAGUGACUUUGUGAUCGUUGGCCGUCUCACAGAGCUAAUCGAGGACCUGAACUCUGGAAUUGCUCGCUUUAGUCUGGAGCAGGUUCUGUGGGAUGAGAAGAUGGGCCUGAAGCAGUUCAAAGCUCGAUAUCUGGAAGUCACGCUGGUCCGCAUGGACUGGAGCUGCCCGUGUCCCAACAUCACUAUGCUGGAAGAAAGCCCCCUGCUGGUGAUGGGGGAAGUGCAGGAAGGCAUGGCUGUGGUACUGCCCGACAGCUACGUGAGACCCACUUCAGAACGCAGGGUGAAGAAAAUUCAGGAUGUUUUGACCAAGAAGACCUGUGAGAUGCUGCAGAGGUUUGAGGACUGAUCCUGUGUGUGUUUAACUUUAUAAACCCUUUAGUGGAUCUUUACAUGUGCUGACGUGUUAAUUUGUUAUGUUCAUUUCUGAAACAUAACAGUAAAAUUUAGGAAAUUCUGACUAUGUAAUUGAAACAUUAUCCCUAACUCUAACAGAUGUCCCUCUUCUGCUGUUUGAGUGUUCAUGUUAGUAUUUUAUUAACAGAAUUACUGACUCUGGUUCUCUGUGAAGGACAAAACAAAGGACAACAUGGAGGACAUCUGCUAUAAAAACUGGACAGAUCUUUGUUUUGACAUAA